UAGUGUUAUUAUUAUUAUUAACUCUUCGUAAUUUAUUAUAAUUUAUUCGUGUAUUUCGCGGACUAAUCCCAGACUUCCGGUAUCCAGAGAAACAGCCGGAGGUGAAGAUAUUUUUGAUAUGGUUUCACUUUUACGUUGUCCAAAAGAAUUAAGAGAUGAUAUCAGAUGAUGAUGAUUAUUUCUUCUUUGAAGAUGAUUACUACACAGAGUCAGAUAAUGAUUGGUAUGAUGAUGAUGAUGUUGACUUUGAUGAAUAUGCUGCAAUGUAUGGAAUGGGAGACAGCGAUCACAUGGACUAUGAACCAACUCGUCUUCCACAAGAACUAACUGACCAACAAGCUGUGUACAAGGAAUUAGGCAUUUCCAACCCAAACAAUGAUCCAAAAAAUCCUCUUCCAUUACUUGAUAUUUGUGCCAGUAAGAUUGCUUUGAACUUUCCAUUUGCUUAUAUUGAGGAUCGACACCCACCAGUUCCUGAGAAUGUUCAGCUGAAAGUCAUUAGUUAUUCCUUUCCACAAGACAUGCAGAAAAUAAAACGAUAUUGUUCACUAAAUAAUGGUUCUUCUGGGGAAUUUGAUAAAGCAAUUAAAAAUUUGAAGUCUGUCAAAGAUUUAACCCAAAUUGGUUUUCAUCUGAGUGCCAAUGUUGAAACUCGAAGCUAUCGCGAGGUAUGGCAUGGUGGCCCACCUGGGAAGAAGGCUCCUUAUUUGUAUGUCAAUGUCAAAUUUGACCGUGGAAAAAUUAUUGACACUAAUUGUCCCUGUGAAACCAACAGCAGUUGGUGUUAUCAUGUGAUAGCUGUGUGCUUAUGCAGAAUCUUCCAACCGGAAAAGUGUGAAAUGAAACCACCGUUAUCAGACUCUUUGAACAAUCUUACAACCUACGCUCAGCUAAGAACAUUUACACAGUAUCUUAUUGCAGAAUUUAGUGAUCGACGUAUUGUUGAGUCAGCUCAGAGUGUUUUAGACAGAAUGAUCAAACCUCAGAUAGAUGAUGCUAUUAAUGAAACAUGGGGUGCUCCAGAUCCAACAGCAGGACCCGGUUUUGAGGAACUGGCACAAUGGUUGAUCUGUGAAGAAGGUUUGAAGACGCGAUGUACGGUAUUAAUCCAGAACUCUGAUGUCACUGAAGGAUGCUGGGCAACAAGUCUUGGGGACUCUGAUGAUCAGUUUGCAUCUGUGUGGGAUAGAUGGAGAUCAAGUCAGAUAGAAAAACCUGUUAUUGAAGAUUACUUCAACAAUCUUGAAGCAAUUCCUGGUAAUAUUUUAUUCUCGUAUAAUCAUUACAAGAAAACAUAUUCCCGGGAGAAAAGUCAAGAGAUAACGAAAUUUCUCAAGAAUUGUGAAGAAUUGCUCAUCGAUGACUUUGGGUACUCCCUUAAAGCAGUCCAGACGUUUACAGUUCAGUUGAUGGAUAAUAUUGAAGAGCGUAACAAGAGAAAUUCAUAUCGAGUUGGGAGAGAAAAGUUUGAGAGUAACUUGCAUCUUGGCUGUAUACCAAGACCUCAAGACUGUUGGUUAUUUCGUGAUCAGCUUGCUAGGUUAUGGCGACUGUUGGUUUUAAACCCUUCAAUUUCUGCCAGAAAUCGUGAAGAAAUAUUUACAACGUUGGAAGUGCUUGAAGCGAAACUACACCCUUCAGACGGCAAGAAACAGUUCAUAGAAUGGGACUCCCCUCAACAUAUUCAACAGUUGAAGAACUUAUCCUGGGAGUCGUUGCAGCUCUCUGAUGAUCCGUUUAAAAGCAACAGUACCUCGGAGAUCAGUGUAUUGAAGUCAACUGCGAUAGAGUAUGGCAAAAAUCUCACAAAGAUGAACUUCUCUGACACUUCUGGCCAAUUCCCGUACCCAGUGGAGCUCAGAUGUGGCGACUUUGUCUCUUCUGUGACGAUGUAUUGUUACUUUAUUGAAGCGUUGGUAAUUUAUGGUAAAAAAGAACAAGCUGUUGAUCUGGCAAUGAAUUUAGCUCUGGCUAUAAUCAGAUACUACAGUGCUUGGUUGGAGGGAAGCUCGCCUUCAGAUGUACAGAACACUUUGUGUGUAGACCAUGAUGAGAAACACGAGAACGAGACAGGCAAGAAAGCCAAGGGGAAAGGAAAGAAACGACAGACUAGAAAACGAGGAAGAUCAGGCUCAAAAAAGACGGGAGACGAAACCGUUAAAUUCAGUCCAAACGAAAUGCUGUUUGAUCAAACUAAAGGAAUCAUACCAAUCACUUCUAUUGCAUAUCUCAUGUUCAUUUUGGAUGAAAAUCAAGAUCUGCUCGCUGAAAUGUUGAAACUGGUGAAGCUAAGAGGUCUGGGAUUGAGCGAAGACGAGCUUAUGGAGUGUGAUGACGUCACAAACGAUGCUAAGUCUCUGAUAUUCCGUAUUGGUGUAGUGGGUGUUGCUAUGCCUAAGAUACAAGCUGCUUCACUUCAGAUACAGGUCGAGUGGUUCAAUUGGGAUGUGUAUGUUUCUCAGAAACUGCUGCAGUGUACGCCAUCAACUGGUGACGUGGAAUUUCUUAGAAUGUUCACACUUCGCAUGCACACCCUACGUGAAUUUGGUUUCCAUCCAUCUCAUGUUCUUGUCACAAAUCUCUUUCAUCAUGCUUAUAAACCUGGUGGCAGAAACUACGAUGAAGACAUCAGUAUUGUAUUGGGAACCAUAUCUGCGUUGCCAUGGAAAUCAAAUUCAAUGAGCCUGCAUUACAGAACUUUCCUGGAGUGUUUAAGACGACAUUGGGUGAAACUGGUGGAAAUUGUUCUAUGUCGUGUUAGUGCGAGUUCAAUUGAGUUAAGUGAUGCACUGAAGUGCGUCUGUUCGGCGACCGCGAUGUUUGGUUCGACUGAUGACGAUUGUUCGGAUAAAACUAGCAGAAAGGGAACGGCUCGAAACAAGAAGUCAACGGAAAGUUCUGAGCACUCUGGAAAGUCAAAUAGCGUGGCACAAAAUAAGAAGAUUGUUCAAGAUAUGUUAAUCGAGAAGGUUGUUGCUAAUCUCUACCUGGCGUAUGUGUUAGUCAGUCAUGCAGACAGUUUAAAACAAGAUACUGCAUCCGAAAAGCGUGUUGUUGCCAGUCGUAAAACUUCACCAAAGCUUGUGAAUUUAAAGAUCAUAAUGGGAAAGUGGAGAUUUCCAACCGAACAACAACAAAGACUGUAUGAGACAGCCGUCACACUUGCAUGUCGUUCGUUUGCUGUGAAGAACUUCACGUACUCUCAACUUGACAUGAUUAACAGCAGUCACGAUUAUAAUUUCAUCGAAUUCAUGCAACGAAGUUUAAAAUGGAUGUGCAGCAUUAGUGAAAAGAUCGGUGUGAAAGCGUUUGACAUUAUUAUGGAACGACAGCGUCUUCAAACAGGAUCAGCGAAAUGUUUUAACGAUGAUGAAAUUAUUAAGAUUUGUACCACGAUGUUGGAAUCUGAUCAGAAAGAUGAAGAUCUUGUCUGGGUGAGAGUGCGCGAGGCUUUGUUAACCUUGAUAUGUCCUCGUAGUCAGUCGAAGAUUUCUGAAAUCCUCAACUUAUUUCGUGUUUCCGACAAGGAACAGUCAAGCAAGCAAGUGCUGCUUGUUCCCGCUAUAUGUAAAGAGCUCUUGUCGUAUAUUCCCGGCAGUUCACUCGAGGAAAGUACAAAAAUGAACCAUCUUUCUCGCGCGAUGAUUACCAUGCAUGGUUUGUGUAAGAAAUUAGAAAAUGAAGAUUCUGGUGAAAGUCUUGAGGGAGUGAAAGAGUUAUUUGCUGAAAGCUCGGCGGAUAAACCUGGUACCAGUGAUGAUAACCAAGAAACCUUGGAUCCUAACUUGCAAUUAUGUUUUGAUCUUGCUAUUGAGUCAAUCAAACAUAUCAAUGAUAAUUUUCGAUUACGCUCAGGGUUCGAAGUAAGACGAACAUUUGAAAACAUGUGUAAUGUCAUCACUUUUGUUGCGAAGAAAGCUUCUUCUGGAUCUGUUCCGGAGGAUGCGAAAGUCAAAGCCGAUCCAUUUGAGGAGGUUUAUAUAAAUCGAUUCGUCGAAGCUCUUUGUAACAAUGUUAAAGAUUAUCUUCUUCUCACAGAUUUCUUUUUUGAGUUGUCUUCACGUCUUCUGGCUCUGCCACAACAUGGCUCGUUUGGUCGAGAUCGGGUUUUAUUGAGUGAUGAUUUGAACUUAGGAUUAUUUUGCCAGUCAUGUUCAAGUUUAUCUGUCUUAUUGAAGAGAUGUAUAGCUGGUCUUGUUGCAAUUACACAAGGUGAUGAUAUGGAGAAGUUUAUUAAGGAUUCUCUUCAUGAUAACCCUGGCUACUGUAAAACAAGAGCAAAGAAUGCAAAGUUUUACUGCGGCUCUACUCUCGUAAACUUUUUGGAAGUUCUUAAACGACUUAUGAGCAUCUCUCAAGAGGACGACUUUGAACCAUUCUCGUAUAGACUUGCGUCAAGACAUGCAAUUACUAAGGCAGGAAUUGACGAGCUUGAAAAUAAAGUCGCUAGCAGCCCUGUGGAAGAACCAGCUUUCUCGGAAAAUCAGCUGAUAUCAUCAUUAUUAUUGAGGAGGAUGUUCAGUCCUGCUUUCGCCUGUUUCGAUUAUGACUCGGAUAAUUGGAUGUACUAGUUAACAUUCCCGGCACAGUGUGACCCAGUCGUUGGCCGUUCUCGUCUUGUGUAUGUCCUAAACUGCGGAACUUUACCCUGGGUCAAUCAUGUUUUCAUUAUAAAAGACGUUUUGCGAAGAACAAGUAUUUAUAAACUGGAAUAAAGCUUUUUCUAGAUUUAACCCUAUAAAGUAAACUUAAAUUGAUCAUGCAUGGGAUUCUUGAGACAAACUACAGUAUGAAGAAAUUAUUCAUUAGCCGUUGGACAGUCCUGAUCCUGCGCCUAGGAAUAGUAUUCUAUUGGUUCAUAUUCGAUUGAUUCUAUCGGAGGGGCUUUUAAAUAUUGGACACAAAUAAUUGUGCUGUAUUUUUGUUGAGUUAAAUUUGUAGUUUUGUUCAUUUGAAGGCAUUGCAAUGAUUAAUGUUG